AUCAGUAUAAAACAUGAUGAAAAACAUAGAAACAAAUUUCUCUUCUACAAACAAUAUUUGCACAUAAGAAUAAUCAUCGUUUGAUCACAGUUUUAUAUAGAUCACGUAGUAUGAAGUAUAAGUAUUACAUUUUCAAUCAUUUUUAACAAAAUAACAAACAUCGGACCUGAGAACGAAACUGUCCUGUGUCGAGUUUCUACCUUAUCGCUCCAGCGUAUAUAAAGCCUCGGCACCAACUAGCAUAGAAUAUAACAAAAAGUUAAACCCAAAAACAAUUUUUUUAAUUCUUUUGCAAUGAAAUUAGACCGUUUCUAACGUUUUAUAAAUUUAUUUUGAGAUAGAGCUUUCUCGCAAUGCAAAUAGUAAGACGCCCUCGGAUACGCGACGAUAUAUCGUCCUUGGCAUUUUUCGCAAGUGUGGCGAACAAUGAUAUAUCGUCAUUCGGCACUAAAAAGGUUAAUGUAGCGUAAAGCGCCGAUAACGGCCCGACGGUUAGUCGGUCGGGCCGCGGGCGGUUUUUGGUGUGUGCUGCAUCGUCACAAAGAAAAAAAAAUUGAAAUGUGAAAUUUCCAACUGUAAUAUUUAAUCACUUGUAACUUUUGAAUCAAUGCAGAUAAUCGAAUUUUGCAACUUGUGCUGAAUUGUUAUAAUCGAAAUCAAUAGAGGAAUAUUCACAGAAUAUACCGAAAUUUGCAAGGUUGAAAAAUAAUUGGCCAAAAGGAAUGGAGUUAAAACAAAAAAUUCACAUUUUUGAAAUUCCUCUAGUUGAAAUACAGAUCAACAGAAGAAUCCAAAUACAAGUAGGCAAAGCGCUCUAACCAGCAUAAUUUUUGUUUUUUCGAAAAUACAAAAUGACCGUGUUGGUAAAAAAAUUGAUUUUUUUUAUUUACAGCUUUGUUCUUUGAGAUUGGCGAUUUUUUCUUUCGGCACAACAUAGCUUUCACAUUCUUUAGGCACAAACCUAGCAUAACUCAGUUGCACAACAAUUUUGUUUUUUUUUAUUUUCAAAAUGGCGGUACUAACUUCACACACAUAAACUCUUGUGCCUCUUAUGUUUCUUGUCGCCCGAGAUAAAAGGUAACGAAUUCCAGAAGAGGCAAGCGACGAAACACAACUGUCGGUAAAACAGUAUGACAAAAAGCAAAGAAACAAGAGAUAAAAAACAAAACAUAAAGAGCACAUUAUAGAUCAUGCUCAAUGCAUCGUUUUAUAUUCGUCUUUAUUUCAACUUUCUCAGGAAAACCUCAGGUCACGUCAAUUAAAGUCACGAGAACUAGAACAGUAUAAAAUUAACAGUAACAUAUGCAAGCAUACUUAUUAUUCCGUAACGAACACCGUGAUAUCUAUGUAUAGUUUUAUAAUAUCUAACAAAUUAUUUUUAAUUCUUCAUAAAAAUUGACAGACAUAUUUUGUUCGCCCAUUGUGUAUUAAGGGGUUAGGCCAGUCCUAGGAUUUUCAAAAAAUCGAAAUUUUUUUUUUGCUUAAAGUACACUUUAGGGUCCUAAAAACAUUAUUCAAUUGGUAGAAUAGUGAAAAAAAAUUUUUUCCCUGUCCAAUCCGCUGUAGUGUCGAAGCGUUCGGAGCGGGCGACGAGCGCAUUUUCUACCUGCCGCGGCGGGCUUCCUUUUGUCCCCUUUUUACGACUCUUAUCCUCUGCACUAAUGUACCAACGGGGCCUGAGGGCUCUAAUGGUUCCCCAAAAAGUCGUUAGGAAGUGCUAGUUCAUCAAUACAGCUGUAUGUGUGGGCUUGUGUGUGGGUCAGUCAGCUGAAAAACGACGCCACGCGUGGACGCUUCUUUUUGUUUUCGUUAGUUUUUCUGCUUCAACGAAUUACUUUAUUGACUACAGUGGUUUUAACUGAUAAAUUAUCAUUGUUGACAAUAUGAGUGAAUUAUUAACAGAUGCCAAGCCCAAGCACGAUCACUGCCCGAGCGGAGAAAAUUCGUGGUGCUCGUGGCAAAGGGCCAAGGCCACUGGAACUUUGGACGAAUAUACACAUAAACCACCUUUACAUGAAGAAGUAUACAAGGCUAUAACUCCAAUUUAUGAAAAAUUAACCAGUGAUGACUUACUCACUCGUUGCAUAGGCGGCUUCACUCAAAACAGUAAUGAGAGUUUCAACGCUACAGUAUGGUCGAUGGCCCCGAAAGUGACAUCCAGUGGCAAAAAUGUACUUGACACAGCUGUAUAUAUUGCUGCAGGUACUUAUAAUGAUGGCCUCACAAGUGCCAUGAGAGUCAUGCAGAACAUAGGCAUCAAAAUUGGGCCGAACUGCUAUAAUUACUGUCAAGAGACUGAUCAAAACCGCAUCAAAUUAUCCGAUCGUUCGCUCUCAGAUGCUGCAAGAAGUCUCGAAUCAAACAGAAGGCAUCCAGAAAGGAAGAAGAUGAGUUCCAUGGAAGGUGAAAUGUACGGCGCAGGCAUCGCAGACUGAAGAUAGCACGAGUUCCUAGAAUCACCGUCGCCCGUAGAGGCCCUCUUGAAAAAGGUGAUUCCGAAGAUUGGCCCAGUAGCCGCCAUUUUG